CAUGGUUCUCUUAGUCAUAACUGUUCGGGAUGGCUUAUCUUGGCAUCACAUUGAUGGAGGGGAAACAACGACGGUAAGGCAUUAACCAGCCAUGUAAAUGAUUGAAUAAAUCACUGUGACAUCUUUGGGCUGGGGCUCGUAAAACCUGAAGGAGCAGCAUCCCCUUCAGACUUUGAUCAGAACGUGCUGGAGAGUACAGUUUAGGUGCGAGAAGAGUCACAAGGUUCCCUGUCAACCUGGUGACAGUUUUUACCCAGUUUUAAAGGCCCGGGGUUGCCAUGGCGUUACGCCGCUUGUCGUUUUGGGCGGCUGUGCUGCUCCUGGCCUCCUUGGAUCUCUGGUGCUCCUCUUCCUCGGCUCCCUGUCCGGAAUCCUGCGUUUGCCGAGGAGCUCUGCUGCUGAACUGCUCCUCGGCUGGCCUGUCCUCGGUACCGCAGCCCGUCCAGGACCCGAUCGCCGAGCUCGACUUGUCUCAUAACCUCCUCAGCUCUGUCACUUUUUAUCAACCGCAUCCCAACCUCAGGAACCUUUGGCUGGGGAACAACAGCAUCCCACACUUGUCUCUCUGCGUAGAGAGAACCGUCACGGCUCGACGUCUCGGGCGUCGCUCGGCGGCCGGGAGCGGGUCCAGGUGCCUGACCUGGGCCCCCGCCUUGCAGCUGCUAUCAGCUGAGAGGAACCUGCUGGAGCGGCUGCCGCGGGGCCUGGAUGCUGUUGAAUCCUUACAGGUCCUGGAGCUGUCUUUCAACAGGAUCUCAAGUCUUGAACCGGGAGUCCUUGGUGACCUUCAUCAGCUGCGGGAGCUUCAUUUACAGCAUAACUUGAUUACACAUCUGGAUCCACAGAUGCUUCAGAAUUUAGAGCAACUCCAGGUUCUUGACCUGAGGUUCAACAUGUUAACAACCAUGCAGCAAUUGACAUACCUCACUUUGCGCGACGUUGGAGCAGAUGUUAAGCUGGGUGGAAACAGGUGGCGCUGUGACUGCAACAUGCGUAGUAUAAGAAGGCAGAUGGCUUAUGACAGCACCAGAGGCAUGCAGACCUGGAACAUCAUAUGUUUUGAGCCUUCCACCGUCUCAGGCAAAGACCUUCUGCAGCUGGAUGAGGAGGACCUAACAUGCUUAAGCUCUGAAAACAACUUAAAUCUUCACCGAGAUGUGACCGUGUACAGUGGCGCUGAGAUCCUGCUCUCCUGCUCAGCACAAGAGUCAGAGUGGUGGACACCCGAUGGUCGAGCAUCUGUGAGCCAGCAAGAAGAUCGUCUGCUCAUCAGUGACUUUUCAGAGGGAGAUACAGGACUGUAUGUGUGUAUAUCUGAAGAAGACCACGUUCUGUCUGUUUUUAACCUCCAAAUCAGUAAAAUGAGAGGUGCAAGACAGGAAAGAAGGUUACCCGGGGUCCGCAGUCAAACAACCCCACAAACACCUACAAGCAGGAUCGCUGGAGAGACAGCUGGGGGCUUUACACACUCUGACCUGGCUUUGGCAGUGUGUCUAUCGAUUUUCUUCACGUUUCUGUUGGCGUUCAUCCUCGGAGUCCUGGCGAGACCAUGUAUCGACAGGCUGUGGAGAAUGGUCAGCAAAAAGAAAGACUCCCCAGCGACUCAUACCGUCACUUCUGCUCAACAGAGACAUUAUGACAACCAGGCCUUUUCAAAUGCUGAGGAACCAGAAGAGAUAGGACAUUACAGGGAGAGAAGAGUCACUUUUAGUCGCAUAGAGGUCACAGAGGAAAACAAUGUGCAAUAUUAUGAUGCUGUUGCGAGUGGCGAUCAGCAGAGCAUUAGAAGCGACGAGAUGUUUGAGUAUCAAGAAGUCGAGGUUGACUUACAUGGGCGACCCAGGGAAAAGCAGAGUGAUGACAGUAGCUCAGCUGAAUUGGCUGCAGAGCGCCUGCGCAACAUGGAGUUUGAACCUAUUCCAGACCCAGAUGAGCUAGAGGAGAGGAGAAGCCUUUCAUCAUCCUCAGAUUCUUCAGUAUCAGACCAAACGACCAGAAAGCACACCAUGCCCAAGUCUCUUCAGCUGGUAGAAGACUCGUUUCAAACGAGAGCAGAUUUAUCAAUAGCCACAAAAACAGAAACCCCACAAAUUGUGGAUACAAAGGGCAAAAGUGAAUAUCCUGGCUCCUCUGUUCUACAUACUUAUAAGCCAAACACCACAGACUCUGAUAUUUCUCAGGGUGAUGAAGAACUAUUUGAAUUCAGUGAUGGUGCUCAAAGUCCCUCAGCCAAGACUGGCUAUGAUGCAAAAAGUCCAAGAGAUGUACUGGAGUAUUCCUCUUCCGCUUCCUCUGAUUCAAGUGACAGUGACAGGGAGCCAAUGCGAACUAAAAUCAAACAAAAGACAAAAAAGAAGCAGAAGAAAGUUGCACAAAAAUCGAAACCUGGAACAAGUUCAUCUUCUUCUUCCCACAGUGAGAGCAAAGAAAAAAUGACAUAUGAUGGUAGAGGCAGAAUCAACAUUCAGCAGCUUCCACUACAAGAGUCCAAAACAAAACUUGAUGAGUCAGCUGAACGUUGGCCUGCUGUAGAUCUUCUGCACAUUCCUCGUCUCAAAAGGCGUCUCGAUAUCAAAGCGCUGUUACCAAGUUCUGAUUCAUCUUCUAGUAGGGAGAGUGAGGAUCUGACAAAAAAUACACAAGAUGAGUUAAUGAUAGCAAGACGCCCCACUAAUGAGUCUCAAAAAGUAAGUCCUAAGCCAGGAAACCAACUGCCUGGCUUUGAACUCAGAAAAACAUCAGCAAACAAGAGACCUCUUGACCCCAAAGAACCAACAGCAGGUUCAGAUUCAUCUUCUAGUAGUGACAGUGACCAUGACAUGAAAGUCCAUAUAACACAACAGAAACAAGAGGACUUGCCAAAAUCAAAGUUUCCAACUAAAGUAACUGAGACGGUAACCCAGAAAGCUCCAAGCCAGUGGCCUUCAAUUGAUCUUGGGAGAGUAACGAGAAUAAAAAGACGUCUGGAUAUCAAAGCACCAAAAGCAGAUUCAGAUUCAUCAUCUAGCAGUGACAGUGAGGAUGAAGCAAGAGAUCAACUGAUGAAACAAAAGCAAGAGGAAUUGCUGAUGUCAAGGCUUCCAGGUAAAGUUUCUCCAACAAUGCAUCCCAAACCAGAAAAUCGUUGGCCUGUACCUGAACUUGGAAAAACAACCCAAAUCAAGAAAAAUGUGGAUAUCAAAGCAGCAUCCACAGAGUCAGACUCAUCUUCUAGUAGUGACAGUGACAAUGAAAGAAAAGAUUAUAUGACAUCAAAAGAGCAAAUGGAAUUACAUAUCUCAAAAGUUCCAACUAACUUAACUACAGCAAGUCAGAAACCAAAAAGUCAGUGGCCAGUACUUGAUUUUGGGAGAGUAACGAGAAUAAAAAGACGUCUGGAUAUCAAAGCACCAAAAGCAGAUACAGAUUCAUCAUCUAGUAGUGACAGUGAGGAUGAAGCAAGAGAUCAACUGAUGAAACAAAAGCAAGAGGAAUUGCUGAUGUCAAGGCUUCCAGGUAAAGUUUCUCCAACAGUGCAUCCUAAACCAGAAAAUCGUUGGCCUGCACCUGAAUUUGGAAAAACAAUCCAAAUAAUGAAAAAUGUGGAUAUUAAAGCAUCAUCGACAGAGUCAGACUCGUCUUCUAGUAGUGACAGUGUCAUUGAAAGAAAAGAUCAAAUCACACAAGAGAAGCAAGAGGAGUUAUAUAUUUCGAAACUCCCAACCAAUGUAACUACAUUAACCCAGAAGCCAGCAAACCAGUGGCCUACCCUUGAUUUUGGGAGAACAACAAAAAUCAAACGACGUCUGGAUAUCAAAGCACCCACUGCAGAUUCAGAGUCAUCAUCUAGUAGUGACAGUGAGGAUGAAACAAGAGGCCAUGUGAUGAAACCAAAGCAAGAGGAAUUGCUGAUGUCCAAGCUUCCAAGUAAAGUUUAUCCAACAGUACAUCCCAAACCAGAAAAUCAUUGGUCUGCACCUGAUCUUGGCAAAACAACCCAAAUCAAUAAACCUGUGGAUAUCAAAGCGCCAUCAACAGAUUCAGAUUCGUCUUCUUGUAGUGAGAGUGACAAUGAAAGAAAAGAUCAAAUCACACAAAAGAAGCAAGAGGAGUUAUACAUUUCAAAACUUCCAACUAAAGAAACUACAGUAACCCCAAAGCCAGAAAACCAGUGGCCAACCAUUGAUUUUGGCAGAGUAAAACGGAUCAAAAGACGUCUGGAUAUCAAAGCACCCACCGCAGAUUCAGAUUCAUCUUCCAGUAGUGACAGUGAGGAUGAAACAAGAGGCCAUGUAAUGAAACCACACCAAGAAGAAUUGGUGAUUUCACAGCUUCCAGGUAAAGUUCCUCCAACAGUGCGUCCAAAACCAGAAAAUAAUUGGUCUGCACCUGAUCUUGGCAAAACUACCCAAAUCAAGAAACCUGUGGAUAUCAAAGCAUCAUCAACAGACUCAUCUUCUAGUAGUGACAGUGGUGAUGACAUGAAAGACCACAUAAAACAAAAGAAGCAAGAGAAGACGCAUAUCUCAAAACAUCCAGUUAAUGUAACUACAUCAACCCAAAAGCCAGCAAACCAGUGGCCUACCCUUGAUUUUGGGAGAACAACAAAAAUCAAAAGACGUCUGGAUAUCAAAGCACCCACUGCAGAGUCUGAGUCAUCAUCUAGUAGUGAUAGUGAGUAUGAAACAGAAGGCCAUGUGAUGAAACCAAAGCAAGAGGAAUUGCUAAUGUCCAAGGUUCCAAGUAAAGUUUAUCCAUCAGUACAUCCCAAACCAGAAAAUAAUUGGUCUGCACCUGAUCUUGGCAAAACAACCCAAAUCAAGAAACUUGUGGAUAUCAAAGGAUCAUCAACAGAUUCAGAUUCAUCUUUUAGUAGUGACAGUGACAAUGAAAGAAAAGAUCAAAUCACACAAAAGAAGCAAGAGGAGUUAUACAUUUCAAAACUUCCAACUAAUGUAGCUACAUCCACCCAAAAGCCAGCAAGCCAGUGGCCUUCCCUUGAUUUUAGGAGAACAACAAAAAUCAAAAGACGUCUGGAUAUCAAAGCACCAAAAGCAGAUUCAGAUUCAUCAUUUAGUAGUGACAGUGAGGAUGAAACAAGAAGUCAUGUUUUGAAACCAAAGCCAGAAGAAUUGCUGACAUCCAAGCUUCCAAGUAAAGUUUAUCCAUCAGUACAUCCAAAACCAGAAGAUAAUUGGUCUGCACCUGAUUUUGGCAAAACAACCCAAAUCAGGAAACCUGUGGAUAUUAAAGCAUUAUCAACAGAUUCAGAUUCAUCUUCUAAUAGUGACAGUGACAAUGAAAGAAAAGAUCUAAUCACACAAAAGCAGCAAGAGGAGUUAUAUAUUUCGAAACUUCCAACUAAUGUAACUACAUCCACCCAAAAACCAGCAAGCCAAUGGCCUACCCUUGAUUUUGGGAGAACAACAAAAAUCAAAAGACGUCUGGAUAUCAAAGCACCAAAAGCAGAUUCAGAGUCAUCAUCUAGUAGUGACAGUGAGGAUGAAACAAGAAGUCAUGUUUUGAAACCAAAACCAGAAGAAUUGCUGACAUCCAAGCUUCCAAGUAAAGUUUAUCCAAUAGUACAUCCAAAACCAGAAAAUAAUUGGUCUACACCUGAACUUGGCAAAACAACCCAAAUCAAGAAACCUGUGGAUAUUAAAGCAUUAUCAACAGAUUCAGAUUCAUCUUCUAGUAGUGACAGUGACAAUAAAACAAAAGAUCAAAUCACACAAAAGAAGCAAAUGGAGGUACAUAUCUCAAAACCUCUAACUAACGUAACUACAGCAACUCAAAAGCCAGCAAACCAGUGGCCUUCCCUUGAUUUUGGGAGACUAACACGACUCAAAAGACGUCUGGACAUCAAAGCACCUACAGCGGAUAAAGAUUCAUCAUCUAGUAGUGACAGUGAGGAUGAAACAAGAGGCCAUGUAAUGAAACAAAAGCAAGAGGAAUUGCUGAUGUCCAAGCUUCCAAGUAGAGUUUAUCCAACAGUACAUCCCAAACCAGAAAAUCGUUGGUCUGCACCUGAUCUUGCCAAUAUAACCGAAAUCAAGAAAAAUGUCGAAAUCAAACCAACAUCAACAGAUUCAGAUUCGUCUUCUAGUAGUGACAGUGACAAUGAAAGAAAAUAUAAAAUCACACAAAAGCAGCAAGAGGAGUUAUACAUUUCAAAACUCCCAACUAAUGUAACUACAUCCACCCAAAAACCAACAAACCAGUGGCCUACCAUUGAUUUUGGAAGAGUAACACGAAUCAAAAGACGUCUGGAUAUCAAAGCACCCAAAGCAGAUUCUGAUUCAUCUUCCAGUAGUGACAGUGAGGAUGAAACAGGAGUGAAAAAACAAGAGGAAUUGCUGAUUUCACAGCUUCCAGCUGAGGUUCCUACAACAGUUUGUCCUAAACCAGAUAAUUGUUGGUCUGUACCUGAUCUUGGAAAAACAAAAGAAUUCAAGAAUCCUGUAGUUCCUAGGACACAAUCAACAAACUCUGAUUCAUCUUCUGGUAGUGACAGUGAUAGUGAAAAAGACAAAAUGACAAAACUGAAACAAGAAGAUUUACUAAUAUCAAAGCAGCCAGUUCAAACAAGCCAAAAAGCAAGUCAAAAGCAAGGAAACCAAUGGCCUUCCCUUGAUCUUUGGAAAAUAAGACAAUUUAAAAGACGUCUUGAUAUCAAAGCACCAGCAGCAGAUUCAAAUUCAUCUUCUAGCAGUGACAGUGAGGAUGAAACAAGUGGGCAUGUGGUACAACAAAAACAAGAGGAACUGCGGAUGUCAACGUCUUCUACCAAGAUGACAACAAAGGUAAAAUUGGAAAAUCAAUGGCCUUCAUCUGUUCUUGGCAAAACAUACAUCAAGAGUCCUCUAGAUAUUAAGGUACCAUCUCCAAGUUCUGACUCAUCUUCAAGCAGUGAGGAUGAGACAAGAGGUCACAUGAAAACACAAAAGCAAGAAGAAUCACUAAUCUUAAGGAAUUCAGCUGACAUAACUCAAUCAUUAAGAUCUAACUCAGAAAAUCAAUGGCCUACCCUGGAUCUUGGACAAAUACCAAGUAUUCAAAGACGUCUAGAUAUCAAAGCUGCUGUUCCUCGUGAAUCAUUGUUGAAAGUUGACAGAGAGAGAAACCUUGAAGGAGUCAAGCCAUCCUUAACCAGACAGGUACAUGAUAAAGCUUCAUCACCAUUGCUACAAUUGGGUCUCAACAGCAAAUCAAACAAGUUUAAAAAAUCUGAAUCACAAUCAUCCAGUAGUGAAAGUGAGGAUGAGAACAGAGACCAGAAAGCUAAAAACAGAAAAGAUCAAACCUUUACAUCAACAGCCUCAGAGAAAUUAAUAAGGUUUCAAAUAGCUCCUGGGAUAUACAUUCCUUACAAUCCAAAGACAGACCACAACAUUAAAUUGGAAAAGUAUACUGAUAUUUCAGGUGACCUGGAGGACAUGCCAACAAAUGACACCAGCAGAACAACACUUGAGGUAGACCCAGAGCUUCAGUCAAGAUGGGCCACAAUGAAUCUUGGAGUCUCCCGCUUCCGAAAGCAUCUCGAAAUCUCAUCCCAUGCAACAGAAUCCGAUCUGAACUCCCCAGCAGACUCUUCUUUCACCUCCGGCAGUGAAAGUGGAUCUGGGAGAAGACAAAGACUAAGGAGAAGGUUUGUUGGGAUCCAAGAAACACACAAAAGCUCGUCUCCAGAGCUGGAAAAUGUUCAACUAAAUGUGUCUCCAACUCCAAAGAGUCCAGAAGACACGUUCACUUUCUCAGAUAUAGUUAAACAGAGAAUAAAUAAAAAUCACAGUGAUAAAGAUUCAAGUAGUCCAUCAAAGCAGAGCUCUAAUUCCUCUUCUAGCAGUGACAGUGAGGAUGAGACAAAAGACCACAGUGUUAUUGACCUGAGUCGUGGUGUUCCACGCAUUAAGAGGCGUUUAGAUAUCAAGGCACCGUCUCCAGAGCCAAGUAAUACCCCACCUUUUCUCAUUGGAAAUGAAGACUUGACAGAGCACAAUGCAUUGCAAAGCACACAAGCAUCAACUAUCAUUGGACCAACAGAUGAAUCGCUUAUCACUUAUAAGCGAUCUAUUUUCAAAUCCUUAUCACUACCAAGUAGUUCUUUCACACCGAAUGGCAGCCGUCAGACUGUCAGCUAUAUCCCCAAUCUUUCAAAAGAUGGGUCAAAUGACAAGGAUACGUCUCUUUCUUCAAAGGCCCCAAAAAGUACAAGCUUUGAUGACAUCAUAAAGAGGAGACUGAGACCAUCCAGAUCCAAGACCGAUGGAGACCUGAUGGAAAAAAUAAAAUGGACUCAUGUUGGUCAUCAUUUGCCUGACCUUUCAAGCUCCAAAUCACGAGAAGGAGUGGAUGUAACGUCCAAAUCUCUGCCGCAAGCUUCAUUCACAGAGCUAACUUCUCCCUCAAACGAUUCUGAAAGUAGUACAACUGCCUUUAGCAUAUUGCAGCUCAGCAAGAAGUCAGAUGCAACACAAACACACAAAUAUUCAUCACUUGGUCCGGAAGUCGCACCCUCUCCCUCCGGUGAUGUUCUCCGUGUGCUUGGAAACUCGUCCCAAAGGACACCAGAAAUUCAGAGGGCUGCAUUAGGGGACAAGAAUGAGAGAAAAGGCCUGAGUGCCCUAAAAGCCAUGUCACGAGACAGGAGAAACUGGGAGGGGGAUGAAGAUAGACAUCUUGUGUUUGAUACACAAGAUGGCAGCAUCUCCAGUCACAGCCAGUCUGAAAAAGACAAAGUCUUGUCUCAACAGUCUCAAAUUCAUUCUCCUUCUGCGAGUGAGUCGAAAAAAGACAUGGAUUUGUUGCUGUUGUACGGUGUUCCCCGCUACAAGAGACAUGGUAUUGGGGACUCAUUGACAGAGACUUCACGUCCUGAUCCAGCUACACCUCAGCAAGAUGACUGAAGAGGGCAAAAGGUGGGGAUCUCCUUAAUAAAGAAAAGAUCCUGCUGGUAGAAAAAGUAAAAGUAUGAGCAGGUGUGAAAUCAGGAAGAACUGGCAGCCAAUUGGAGUUUUUUUUUUUUUUUUAAGUAUGCACAUUAUUUUUAAGUGUAAAUUAUUACAACUGUAUAAGCUUUGAAAUGACAUGUCAAUAUUUGUGACUAGUAGUUUUAGGAGCAGCCAACCUCAAUUAUGUUUAAUGUUUGAAACAGUUUUUGGUUGUCACUUUAAAAUGAUCAAGACACUUUCAAAUCAAGUUCACUAUGAGAUCAUUUAUACUCCUACCUACAUUAAAACAAUUUCCUAAAGCAGAAAUAGAGCCUGAGUAUUUGUAAAGAGGUGGACUGUAAUAGUAAUGUCUGUUGUACUUUUUCCCCCCCAAACAUCCUAUAUAGUCAGAGAAUCCAGGUAUCAGCCAGUAAGUUAAUAAACCUUUUUAUUUAUGUGUAUAGACAUUGGUUAUAGUGAAAACAAACAUAUAGACACUUAUUGUUUACAUACAUAUUUACAGUCGGGACAAGGCUGUUCAUCCUCCUGCAUUUUCAUUGGAGAAUACUAAAAGAUUUAUCUCUACACAGUAUUUGGUAAGCAAUGAAACAGUUAAAUCCAGUUUUUGCUAAUGGUGGAGAUCCCCAAUGGAAUCGUAUGUGUGUGAUCUAACGACUGAUUUUUAUGUGCAUCAUAACAACUGCAGAAUUUUUUUUUAUAUAUAUGUAUAUAUAAAAAAAAUAUAUAUUGCAUGAACUUCAAAAUAAAAUAAGAGUCUUCACACCGGUUGCAGCUGUCUUAUUACUCUCUACAUAAUGAUGCGUGGGAUGGGAUAAAUGCAGGAGGGAACUCCUGAGCCACCAUGAGGUUUACAGGUGUGUUCCAGGUCGUAGUGGACACAAUUGUAUUUUUUAAUUUUUUUUUUCAUAGGAAAAAUAAACUAACAUGACUGUGUUUGUCAAAUUAAGCACAAAACACAUGCACAAAUAACUGUACAAAACAAAGCAUGUCUGAAAAAUGUUUUCAAAAAAUCUCAUCCAUUCACAAAAGGCUCUGUCAGAGCAUGCAUGCAAAUAGUAAAUCUUCUGACGGUGCAGCAUCACAUCACAGUCAAAGACAAAAAAGAUUUUAUACAUGUGUUACAAGAACAUUACACUAGGCGAACAGAACAGCAUAGCAUCAUCACACACUUUCAAACGGUCAGUGUCCACAUUUUUUUUCGUUUACGCCCUACGGGUGGUACAAAGAAACGCUUUGAGCAAACCUACCUCGCUAGCCUAAAGGACGCCGCGUCCUCGGAGGGUCUCGGGUGUUCCACUGCAGCUGUAGUAACACUGUCAGCGUUGGGAGGAAUGCUACUCGUUAAAAGGAGACCAGAAACUAUCCAUGGACUGAGGAAGACGAACAAAUGCCAAAUACCAAGACAAAAAAAAAUGGACACCAUCUGGCACUAUGUAACACAGCCUAAACAGUCUGAAAUCGUCCUGAAAGGUUACCUGACUACUUGUGUGUCACUGACUGCAUGUCCUGAAUGUACGGUGUCUUCCAAAAAGCGUCGAGCACCCCUGAUUUUUUUUCCCCACAGUUUGUCAAGUUGUAAACACAAACAUCGGCGCGUUUUGAUGGGGAUUUUUUUUUUUUUGUGACAAACCAA